AUGAGCAAAGAAAAAACAAAGUUGUACCAGCAAAAGUUCUGGAAGGAAUGGUGUAAGAUGCCAGCGUUUACUAAGUGGUUGUACGAAGUACCUAGUGCACAGUAUAAAGCACAAUGUAGAUAUUGUAGACGUAAUAUGUUGGCAAAAUAUUCUCUUUUAGUAAGCCACGGAGAAGCAAAGAAACAUAAGGCACCAACUCCACAGCAAAUGAUUCCUCUUACCAAUUUUAUUAAAACCAAAAAUGAUAAGAUAUCUAUGCUUGAAACAAAUUUAGCAAUGUUUAUUUGUUGCUACUCAUCAUUUAAUAGCUGUGAUCACUUAAUAGAGUUAUGUAAGAAUUAUAUGUCUGAUAGUGAUAUUAUAUCCAAAGUGAAGUUGCAUCGUACAAAAUGUGCAAAUAUUGUGAGACAAGCUCUAGCUCCACAUUUUGAUGGAGAUUUGAUUUCUGAUAUAGGAGAUAGAAAAUUUAGCCUGUUAUGA